GAAACUGCCGGGAGCGGAGCCGGGACGGCGGCGCACCGACACAGGGCUGGGAGAGAAGGCAGCAAAGAGGGAAAAAUCCCCACCGCGAUCGGCACCGCCGUAACUGCACAGUGAUGAUGAUGAUGAACGUAUUCAUAGCAAUAAGAGAAGAAAAGGAGAGACCUCUGACAGACGAGAGAAAAAUUUAAAAUAUUUUAAUUAAGGAAGAAAAUAAAAGGGAAAUACCAGGGACAUCGGGGAAUGAAAGUUUUGGGUAGCUAAGCUGCUCUCUGCCUUUUUUUUUUUUUUUAAAUAUGAAAUCUUUCUGCGGGUGAUUUUUUUUUUAAUUUCUGCCUUUUUUUCUGCCUUUUCCUUGCAUCCAAAGAGGGCAUGCCCACCGGCUGUUCCAGCAGCAUCUACCCUCCAAGUCCCACCAGGAAGACAAACCGAGGACAAUCUUGAAAUACAAAAAUUUCCUCCUUGGAAUUUGCUGCUGCUGCUGUCUCCGCCGCCGCUGCUGCUGCCGCGGUGCAGUGCCAAGACUCUCGGAAUAAAUAAAAGAGGGCUACAGUGUGUCUCUAGCUACAGCCGGCUAAUAGCUAUUUUAGUUGGCCGUAUAUUUCGAAGAUCACAGAUGAAGCGGGGACGCCUGUCUUCUUCGUUUGGUCAGCGUGUGAAACAAUAAUACCCGUCACAAAAAGGAGGGGGAGAUGGGGGAGAAAAAAAAUCCUAACAUGAAUCAGAAGAAAUAGUAUCUAGCAUCCCCCCCCAGUCCCCCAAACCAACCUUUCCCCCCUCCUUUCCCCCGAUCCCCCUCUCUCUCUCUCUCUCUCUAUCCACACGCUUGCAGGCGCGGACACGCGCGCGCGUGCACAGGCACACACACAGUCACACACACACACACACACACACACACACAGUCACACACACACACACUGUACUGUGUAUUUUCGGAGGAGGAGGUGGCUUUGGGAAGAGGAGGCAGCGGCGGUGUCGGGGAGGGGGGAAUCUCUUUCCCCGUCUGGAGAUGGUUGUGCUAUUCCUCUUUGCCUCGCUCUGGAUGCUGGAGGGGGCUUUUUGCCAGCUCCAUUACACGGUGCAGGAAGAGCAGGAGCAUGGCACGUUCGUGGGGAAUAUCGCCGAGGACCUGGGCUUGGACAUUACAAAACUUUCGGCUCGGCGCUUCCAGACGGCGCCCAACUCCCGCAGCCCUUACCUGGAGCUUAACCUGGAAACCGGGGUGCUCUACGUGAACGAGAAGAUCGACCGGGAGCAGAUCUGCAAGCAGAGCCCCUCCUGCCUGCUGCACCUGGAGGUCUUCCUGGAGAACCCCCUGGAGCUGUUCCGGGUGGAGAUCGAGGUGCUGGACAUCAACGACAACCCGCCCUCCUUCCCGGAGCCCGACCUCACCGUGGAGAUCUCGGAGAGCGCCACGCCGGGCACCCGCUUCCCGCUGGAGAGCGCCUUCGACCCCGACGUGGGCACCAACUCGCUGCGCACCUACGAGAUCACCCCCAACAGCUACUUCUCCCUGGACGUGCAGACCCAGGGCGACGGGAACCGCUUCGCCGAGCUGGUGCUGGACCAGCCGCUGGACCGGGAGCAGCAGGCGGUGCACCGCUACGUGCUGACGGCGGUGGACGGCGGGCAGCCCCAGCAGCGCACCGGCACCGCCCUGCUCACCGUCAGGGUGCUGGACUCCAACGACAACGUCCCCGCCUUCGAGCAGCCCGUCUACACCGUGUCGCUGCCGGAGAACUCGCCGCCGGGCACGCUGGUGCUGCAGCUCAACGCCACGGACCCCGACGAGGGCCAGAACGGCGAGAUCAUCUACUCCUUCAGCAGCCACAUCUCGGCCCGCGCCCGGGAGCUCUUCGGCAUCGCGCCGCGCACCGGGCGCCUGGAGGUGAGCGGCGAGCUGGACUACGAGGAGAGCAGCGUCUACCAGGUGUACGUGCAAGCCAAGGACCUGGGGCCCAACGCCGUGCCCGCGCACUGCAAGGUGCUGGUGCGGGUGCUGGACGCCAACGACAACGCGCCCGAGAUCAGCUUCUCCACCGUCAAGGAGGCGGUGAGCGAGGCGGCGGCGCCGGGCACCGUGGUGGCCCUGUUCAGCGUCUCGGACCGCGACUCGGAGGAGAACGGGCAGGUGCAGUGCGAGCUGCUGCAGGGCGACGCGCCCUUCCGCCUCAAGAGCUCCUUCAAGAACUACUACACCAUCGUCACCGAGGGCCCGCUGGACCGCGAGCAGCCGGGCGGCGACGCCUACACGCUGACCGUGGUGGCCCGGGACCGCGGCGAGCCGCCGCUCAGCACCAGCAAGUCCAUCCAGGUGCGGGUGAGCGACGUGAACGACAACGCGCCGCGCUUCAGCCAGCCCGUGUACCAGGUGUACGUGAGCGAGAACAACGUGCCCGGAGCCUACAUCUACGCCGUCAGCGCCACCGACCGCGACCAGGGCGCCAACGCCCGCCUCGCCUACUCCAUCCUGGAGAGCCAGAUCCAGGGCAUGUCCGUCUUCACCUACGUCUCCAUCAACUCCGAGAACGGCUUUCUCUACGCCCUGCGCUCCUUCGACUACGAGCAGCUCAAGGAGUUCAGCUUUCAGGUGGAGGCCCGCGACGCGGGCGAGGAGCCGCAGCCGCUGGCCGGCAACGCCACCGUGCACAUCAUCGUGGUGGACCAGAACGACAACGCCCCCGCCAUCGUCAGCCCCCUGCCCGGCCGGAACGGCACCCCGGCCCGGGAGGCGCUGCCCCGCGGCGCCGAGCCGGGCUACCUGGUCAGCCGGGUGGCGGCGGUGGACGCCGACGACGGCGAGAACGCCCGCCUGACCUACAGCAUCGCGCGGGGCAACGAGGCCGGGCUGUUCCGCAUGGACUGGCGCUCCGGGGAGCUGCGGACGGCCCGCAGGGUGCCGGCCAAGCGCGACCCGCAGCGCCCCUACGAGCUGGUCAUCGAGGUGCGCGACCACGGGCAGCCGCCGCUCUCCUCCACCGCCGCCGUGCAGGUGGUGCUGGUGGACGGCGCGGGAGAGCGCUCCGGAGGCGGCGGACCCGGCCCGGCCGCGGGCACCGGGCCCGGGGGAGGCGGCGGCGGCUCCGGAGAGCAUCGCCCCAGCCGCUCCGGGGGGGAUAACGCGCUCGACCUCACCCUCAUCCUCAUCAUCGCCCUGGGCUCCGUCUCCUUCAUCUUCCUGCUGGCCAUGAUCGUCCUGGCGGUGCGCUGCCAGAAGGAGAAGAAGCUCAACAUCUACACCUGCCUGGCCAGCGACUGCUGCCUGGGCUGCUGCUGCUGCUGCCCCUGCUGCAGCCGGCAGGCGCGGGCGCGCAAGAAGAAGCUCAGCAAGUCGGACAUCAUGCUGGUGCAGAGCUCCAACGUGCCGAGCAACCCCGCGCAGGUGCCGGUGGAGGAGUCGGGCAGCUUCGGCUCCCACCACCACAACCAGAACUACUGCUACCAAGUCUGCCUCACCCCCGAGUCCGCCAAGACCGACCUGAUGUUCCUCAAGCCCUGUAGCCCCUCUCGCAGCACCGACGCCGAGCACAACCCCUGCGGGGCCAUCGUCACCGGCUACGCCGACCAGCAGCCCGACAUCAUCUCCAACGGCAGCAUUUUGUCCAGCGAGACAAAGCAUCAGCGGGCUGAGCUCAGUUAUCUAGUUGACAGACCCCGACGAGUAAACAGUUCUGCAUUCCAGGAAGCAGACAUAGUAAGCUCUAAGGACAGUGGUCACGGAGACAGUGAGCAAGGAGACAGUGAUCAUGAUGCCACUAAUCGAGGUCAAUCCUCUGGCAUGGAUCUCUUCUCCAACUGCACAGAGGAGUGUAAAGCACUGGGCCACUCGGAUCGGUGCUGGAUGCCUUCCUUUGUCCCAUCCGACGGACGCCAAGCUGCAGAUUACCGCAGCAAUCUGCACGUGCCUGGCAUGGACUCCGUUCCAGACACUGAGGUGUUUGAAACACCAGAAGCCCAGCCCGGGGCAGAAAGGUCCUUCUCCACCUUCGGCAAAGAGAAGGCCCUUCACAACAGUCUGGAAAGGAAGGAGUUCGAUGGACUGCUGUCUAAUACACGAGCGCCUUACAAGCCACCAUAUUUGACACGGAAAAGGAUAUGCUAGUCACUUCUACAGGACUUACCUGAAGCAGCAUGAUUUGCACAAAAGAAAGUCGACCAACAAAAAGCAUCAGCUUUCAACUUCAUUAUCUUGGCCAUCCAGUUCUGUGUAACUGAAGGAUUUGUGUGCUGUUGGAGACAUCCUGGCCAACAAUAGGACCUAAUUGCUCUCAGCAGGCCUGAGAAAUGAGUUGAAAUGUGUAGAACUGUAGAAACUUCAGAGGCAACUGCUCUUGCCUCUCUGAUCAGUGUGUGCCUGUUUACAGCACUAUAUAUCUUUCUCUCUCCAAAAUGUCACUGAGCCCUUUAGAUGUUUAUAUUCACCACAAAAAGCCAAUCGUACGGAUAAAAGAGAUGUGCAUUAUAAAUGCAAUAUCACUGUUUUAAACUUGACUGUUUUAUAUUAUUUUUGUGUGAUCAAGUGUUCCCCAAACUAUUCCAACUUUACAAGAGAGAUUGUGAUCAUGUUCUUUUCACCUGUGGGUCAUAAAAAUGUUGUUAAUCUGAAGACCCACAAAAUUAUCAAAGACAUUUCUGUAGUUUAUACACCGUGUUGCAAAGUGUUUACUGUACUAUUUCAAAGCUUCUAAAUAAAUAUAAAAUAUAUAUAUAUUAUAUUAUAUAUAAUUUUCCGAAAAACGUGGUACAACUUAGUUGAUUUUUAAAUGGAUUCAUACAGUCUACACCAUACACUAAAGCGAGAAGAUAAUUCAGGGUUCCUAAGCUAUCCUUGCUAAAAACAAAAAUAAAAUAAACCCUUAAUAGUACUUCCCCAAAAUUCGUAUUUUGGUCGAUCCUGUUUUUCUUGUUUAAAAAAAAAAAAAAAAAAAGCUGUAAGCAACAACAUUUUGUCUAAAAAGUUGUAAGGAAUUUUCAAUGCCAAAGAUGCAGCUGUCAAUAUGACCCGAAUGAGCGCUAUGUACUAUCAGAGGUAUAAACCACUCUCCAUUAUUUUGAUUAUGUUUCUAUGGUUUUUAAUUUGGAAUCACAAAAUCUUUUAUAAGGCUCUAUAAAUUCACCUGUAUAUGUUGUUAAAAAGAACACUGGGUGUCUGUACAUUUUGCAAUGUAAGAUAUAAUGUAAGUGAAGUUAAGUAUUUUAAGAAAAUCAUCCCAAACUCAUAAAUAUGUAUACAUACAUAAAUACAUACACACACACACAAACACCCACACAUCUCUCUUUAACAUAGUUUUGUGAAACUAUACAAAUAUAUUGCCUAAAAAUAUUUCUCUUGUGGCUAGGAAUAGUUGUUGAUAGAAUUCAAAUUACAAAGGCAAAGCGUAUGCCAGACUCCUUUAUCACAAAGGAGAUUUCCAAUUAGGAACAUGGCACAAUCUCAGCUGACCCCUGUUCCACUGGAGUUAAAAUGGUGUUGGCCACCAUCUUCGUUGGGAAAAGGAUUAUGCCCUUGCAUAUAAUCUUUAUGUUCUGUAAUAAUUCUGUGGUCUGAAACAGUAUCUUAGAGCGUUUCUUUUCUAUGAAAUAUUGAAAAAAGUAAAAUUUCAAAGGUAAAGUUUAAAACUGCUUUCAUGUCCAUGGAGUUUAAGUACCAUUUACUAAAUGUAAAAAUCUAGUAAAAUUUUUUCUUUUUUUUUUUUUGUGCUGUGAUUUUUUUCCCCUACUGUACCUUAAUACAUCAAUUAAUGAAAGCAAAUGAGAGCACAUCCUGUUGUCAGCCAAUGCCUAGCUAAAUUCAAACCAAUUCCUACUGAUAAUUCAAUCUUAAGUAAAACAAGAGAAAAUGUUUCAUUGAUUGCAAUGGGAUUUGGAUCAUGCCAUAGGAAUUCUGUGGUCCCCACCAACGCUGUCAUGGGAUAAAUGUGUGAGAGGUCACUGCUAUGUCAUAAUAGAAUUUGGGUUUCUUAUUUUUGUUUGUUUCUUAUUUUUGGUUCUGGGUUUUUUGUUCUCUGUAAUGGCAGUUUCUAUUAGAUAAGAGUAUAAAUCACCUAUAUGAAAGCCAUCUUGCUGUGGACACAAAUGUACACAGGGAAUUCAACACUCCUGAUCAAAUUCCACCAGUUCUUUGUACAACUAGUGGACUGGGCCCUGCCAUUGUUAAUUUAAUAUUCCAAACAAAAUUAUAUGCUCAUUAAACACUUUAAUGUGCACAUCCAGCACGUUUGUAUAACGAAAAAUUCUUUCAUGAGCUCCUUUUAAAAAUGUGUUAUACAAAACCUAAUUCAAAAAUCCCCCAAACAACUUCAAUAGCUAUUGAUUUGAGCAGAUACAACAGUGAAAUGUUCCUCCUGCUCUAGGUAGCAGACCUUUUUGUUGCCUACAGGCUUCAUUUAUUUUACAAAGGAAAGCAAUGGAAUUUGUGACAUAUAUUUCAUUUAAAGGAGGUUGUUAGAUUCUUGUUUCUGCUUUUAAAGCAAGAAAGUCCUUGCCAUUCUGAAAUCUAAGUUUUUAAUACAGACACAUAUUGUAACUUAUGGUUGUUUUUUGGUAUUUGGGAGGAAAAGGAAAUGGUUUUACUUUCUACUUCAUGGGCAGCCAAAGUGUUUCUAUUUAAUGGAACUCUUGUCACAUUUUGCAUGCCAUUUUUUUUCUGAAAAUGUUAUUAACCAUAUCAUGUCCUGUCAUUCAUUUCCAAAACUGAACUCUUCCUAUUAAGUAUGAUAUACAUACACAUUUAUUAAUCCUUUUUAUUUUUAUGAAAUGCUAAAUAUCAUUGGCAUUGGUCCAUAUAUACACAAAAAUCUUUCUGAGUUCACUGGGAGAGUCCAAGAGGGAGUCAUGGUAGGAUGCAGAACUGACAAGGAAAAGGGAGAAUUGAAUUACUACAGCCUGAGCUCUGGAGAUGAAGCUGUAGCUUUUGCUGAUUUCCCUUGCUCCCUGUGAGUUUUGGUGCCCUAACAUUUGCUGGCACAAGCCUUGGGACACAUGAAAACCCAGUACACAGCUGCUCUCCCAAGAGAAGGGCAAGCUGGGCACUGCAGAGGCUCCAUUUGUCCCAUUUUUUGUUUUAGUGGGCAGCUGGCCACCUCCCUUUGGAAUGGCCUUGUUCAGCACCUCCUGAUUUAUUUAAAAAUAUGGAUAUUGAUCUAGUACCAAUAUCCAACUGUGAUGGACAAAAACUCUCUAACAGUUUAAAGUUAGAAAGUGUAUGUUUAUUGUGUGUGGGAUCGCUCCCAAAUCCACACCACAGCUUCCAGGUGAUUACAGAGCCCUUUUAUCCAUACAAGUAUUGAAUACUCAAAAUACAAAUACAUUUCAACAUUUUGGUACAUCCCAUUCCCCACUUUGUAUGCUGAUCACUUCAAAAGCCAUUCAGCAUGUGUGGUUUGUUCCUUGAAAUGGGUCGGUGUCCCUGUCAUGGGGAGGGGUCCCAAAAUGAGGAAGUAAAUGAAAUCUUCCUCCUUCUGACCUUUCCACCUUUUCAAUGCCAAUAUGACAAAUGAACUCUUGGUAGAACUCCCAUUCCUUGUCUUCAGUUGGUUUCAGAACAGAGGAGGCCCACAAUUGUCUUAUGUUCCUAAAAGCUAUUUAUCAGUUUCUAUAUUCUUCAUUAUAAACCCAGCUAACUAAACAUUGUGCUGAUGAGCAAUCAAUUAUUAGUUAACUACUAACCCUUAACUUCAUCAAGGCCUACUCAUUUAUUUUAAUUAACUCUAGUAAGACUCAUUUCUAACUAAAAUCCUAGCUCCUCUAAAAUCUCUAAAUUCUUUAAAGUUUACAUUUCACUCCCACAUAUUCCAUCAUGUUCUGGGGGCAGGGACAGGUCUGUGGAUGCCUCCAGACCUCACUGAGUUUUUGUGCCUCUUCCUCUGAGCACAGGUGAUGCAAAUACUGAAGGACUCUCGUCCACGUGUUGGACCCAACAGUGAACUGGAAGUAACCAUAAAAUGUUUAGGUUGGAUGUUAAAGGGAAAGAUUGAUGCCCAUAAAACUGAGAUGAGGAGGGUUUUGGAAUCUCCUUCAUUGUAGGUUUUCAAGGACAGUGCAAAAAAAAAAAAAAAAACAAAAACACAAACCUAUAAGGGAUGAUAUAAGUGUACUUAAACUUGCCUCAGAGAAAAAGCACAGAGGAGGCUCUCGGUCCUGUUGUUCUGUAAUGUUCCUACUGGGGCAUGCUGAGCUCUGGAGGAGUUAAUCUGUGCACAGCUGUAGGGAUAAGAACGUUCUAUCCUUCAAUUAGUUAUUUGAAGCAAUAUUUAAUGUUUCAAUUUGCCAUUUAUGAGCAUAAUAGAACAAGCUGCCUGUGAGAAUAACUGUCUUUGGAGUAAAUUAGAGUUCAAGCAGAGAAGACAGGGUCUUAUAAAAGACAACAGGUCUGUGAAUCUUUUUUUUUUUAAAUUCCUGAUUUACAUAUGUAGCAAUAGUUUUCUAAGCAGCUUGUCUAUUAAAAUUCUUCAAAAUCAGUUUCUUCCAAAAUUUAGAAAUACUAAAACAUUUGAACAUAUUCUUAAAUUACUGGAACAAGGUGUAGUAAUUUAUCAUUAGUGUUGUUGCAAAAUUAGGUGAAAUGAAAAUACACAGAUAAAUACAAUUUUUAAAGAUUCCUGCAUUGUAGCCUCUAUAUAGUUGUGGGGGAGAUAUGUGUGUGUGUGUGUGUGUGUGUGUAAAUAAUAGUUAAAAUUCUGGGAAGUUGCCAUGGGAUUUUUUCUUACAGCUCCUAUCAGCAAAUGUAAACAAAAGGGUAGAAAGACAUGUUAGGGUACUACAAAACUAGACUUGUUCCUUAGUGUAGAAUGGAGUUUUGCAUUCAAGAAUUAAAUUCAGCCCCUUCUUUAUGUGUUAUACCCACAAUCAAGAACACAACUCUGGUUUUUUUUGCUUCCAAAAUAUUACCUGCUCAUAGAAGGGGUGUUUUUUUCAUUCUUGUUUAAAGUAAUAUCAUUCCUCAGGGUAAAGGGUGGAUAAAUAGAUAGUCUUCCUAGGCUGAUAAAUUGCAAUUGCAAUUUUGCAAAGCUGUUAAAUAUUUGUAUGUCUUACCUGGAGAAAGCUGAUCAUGUCCUGCCACUGUUCCAUGUUCUAGUCUCGAGUUUUAUGCCGUUUGGGCUUGUGAAUUAAAACCUAUACAAAGGUGUAGGGGCCAAAAUAAGCAUCUUUGAUAUACAUUUAGUUAUUGCAAUUUGAUUGCAAAAAAUCAGCAUUAGAUGUCUAUGAAGGGUAGAAAGUUGUUUAUUCUAUUCUGUUUGCAGCAAUGUAAAAGACAGCCAGUAGGACUUUAUUAUAAUAUUGUGCUAUGACAAAUUCUGAAACUGUGAGUCAAUCCUUUGCACUGAUCCCUACAAUCAUAGCUCAAAUUCUUCUUAAAGAGCUCUUUCAUUUUAUUUUGUCUCUAAGAAAUGGAUACAUAUAUAUAUAUAUAUAAACAAAUAUACACAGCCAUUGCAAUCCAUUGUUGAGCAUCUGUGUUUUUGUAGAUAUCCUCAUAUGUAAGAUAUAAUCAAGAACGAUUUGGACAGAUUUCUUGACCUGAAAUUGUUUUUGAAUUUGAAUUUGUUAAUAAAGUUCAUGAUAUUGACAGACA